GGGACGGUACCAUAUACUUGAAUGCUUUGGCCUUUGAGCAAUUCUCCAUAGUUCAUACACUCGAACUCAACACCCUCUCCUACUGUCAACUUUUGCCGCCGCCUUCCACCACCGUUCUCCGACAAACGCCGUCUGCAGCGCCGCCAUCUGCUCGUCAAUCAUCAGUCGUUAGCACCGUCGAGAUUCUUCCGUCGGCCGAGUCUAAAUGGAGAAUUCAGCUGCAAACCAGCUUCCAGAAGUGGAUUCUUUGCCAGAUGGUUUUGUUGAGAGCCUUCCAGAUUCCAUAGCUCCUGUGACACCAUCCAAUGAAAAGGAGAAGCCAUUACAUGAAUACAAGAUAAAUAAAUCAAUGGAACUGGAUAGUUCAAAUGAUUCAAGCUAUGAAGCAUCAGUGAAUGGAUUCGUUGCGGUUGAAGGAAAAGGGGAGAAGGUUCCCAAAUUGCGCACAUUUCCGGUUCCAUUGUCUGAAAAGGAUGGUUAUGACGCAUCUGGAGAAUCAGCCAAUGUCUCUGAUGAUGGCUGCUUGGAGUUGAGAGAAGAUACUUCGGUAAUCAAAGCUGAAUCAUCUACUUCUGUUUCAGGAGGAACUGAUUUAAGAACGAGCACCAUUAAUAUGAAAGGGGGUUCAGAUGAACCAAACAAUGCAAAAGAAGGACUAUCGUCUGAGAAUCUCAAAACUCGAAAGGAUUCACUUGAAGGGAAGCGUAAAAGUUCAAAACGCACCUUUAAAACUGAACAGGAAAUUUUGGAGUUCACAUUGAAAUAUAAACAAGUUCUAGCAGAGAGAGAUGCAGCUAUUGCUGUUCGAGACAAGCUUGAAUCGUUGUGUAGGGAGCUACAGCGUCAGAAUAAGUUAUUAAUGGAUGAAUUCAAAAGAGUAUCUGAAGACGGGCAGAAUCUGAGAUCAGAUUUAUCGACCAAGUUUGAGGAUGCGAUAAAGGAUGUAAGCAUUAGGUUAGAAGAGCAGAAAGGAGAAUGCCUUUCUCAGCUUAAGGAGAACGAAAUGCUGAGGGACAAGUUGAAGCAGCUUGCUGAUCAGUACACACUUUCUCAACAACAGUAUGCCCAAGAGCUCAAGCAGAAAACACUAGAGCUUAAGAUUGCCGAACUUACAGUUCAGCAAAAUGAGGAAAAGUUGGCUCAUGAGCAGACACAAAUAAAGGUAUAUGCAGAGAAAAUAUCACAACUUUUGGACACUGAAAAAAGUUUACGUCAACAAUUAACAUCCGAUGGAGAAAAGUUUCAACAAUUUCAAGAUGCUCUGCUGAAGAGCAACGAGGUUUUUGAAACAUUUAAGCAAGAGAUUGAAAAGAUGUCCAAAUUGACAAAAGAUCUGAAAAGGGAAAACACUUUCUUGAAGAGCAAAUGUGAGAAAUCAGAUUUUACUCUUAUAGAACUCGUAGAAGAGAGAGAACGCAUGAAGAAACAAUUGGAGAAGACGAAGAACCAAAAAGAGAAGCUUGAAUCUUUAUGUCGCUCACUACAAGCAGAACGAAAACAGAGUUCCAGUAAUCAAGCUGAAGCUGUCCUACUCCAAGAUUGAACACUGAUAUUGCACUCUGACUCCAUUAUCUCGAAACAAGUACUUUACUGCUUUUGCAAUACUAAUAUAACUGGUUCAAAUUUUAAUAUUUUAUGUUGUAAAAUAUCCUUUUUGUUUGACUA